AUGGUUAAGAAUGAUAUUCUAUUGACUCCAUAUCAAAUUAUUAUAUUACCAUGUAUUACCCUUAUUUUUUGGUCUCUAUUUCUUAUAGUCUUCAGAAUUGAUGGAAGUGGGAGAUGGAAUGGAGACAUAGACUGGCUUAUUCUUAAUUCAAAGAGAGAUUCAAAUGUAACAUGGUUUGUGUUUAAUGAAACGAAGGAAUUAUGCUCAUGUUUUACCAAACUUUUUAAUGAAUGUGAUUUUAGAAGAAUUAAAAGAGAAAAAGAUUACUUGUGUACAUAUCCCACUAAAUUUGGUCGUGGUCAAAUCACCUACUGUAACAAAUCGAAUUAUUACGAAGAUAUGUUAGAAUAUGAGGAGGAAACUAUAGAUUUUGUGCCAAAUUGCAUGUUUAAAUAUCUGAAUUUGAUAGAUUUAUUUAUCUAUUCACAGCUUUAUGUAUUAAGAAACAAAAAUAAUUGCCAACAUUAUGGAGGAUAUUCAAAGUUGAUAGAUGAGAAGCCCCCAAGACCCUGUCCAUUUUGCUACGAAUGA